GUCAAAAUGAAUCGUUUCUUCAAUGCACCAUAAUGUUGACGCGGACAAUUCGGUAUGCAGAGCAAAUGUAUGCGGAGCAAAAUCACGAGAACACCAGAAACUGUAUAAACUGUACACACAACACGAGACACUUCAGAAUUGUCGAGAUCUAAUUUUAUCAAAGAUGGUUUCCUCAACAACACUAGAGAUAAUUGGUGGUCAGGGAGGUUGUUCAUUUUCAUUUACUAGUGAAAAUAAUGGUGCCAGUUUAGAGAAGAUCUGGGUUUGGGUGGGAGAAUGGCAGAUCAAGGCUGUCAAGGCUUGGCUUUCAGAUGGUAGAGAGCAAAUCUUUGGAGUACCAUCUGGAUCUUAUCAAGAAUAUGUGUUUUCACCUGGAGAGUGUUUCACCUCACUGUCCCUCUGGGGGAACGGAGCAGGAACUCGUCUUGGAGCCAUCAGAUUCAAGACAACCAAGGGUGGAGAAUUGUUUGCAAAGAUGACAAGUUGGGGUUUAAAAACAGAAUAUCCCAUGGAUGUCGGCUCUGGUUAUUGUCUUGGCAUUAAGGGAAGAUCAGGUUCAGACAUCGACUGCAUGGGGUUCAUGUUUCUCAAUGCAGUUCAGUCAGCAGUUCUCACCAAUGUCAACUAUCCCACCAUCAACCAGCUGAUCCCAAAAGUGGCCACAGAGGAGAUCAAGUCGGUCAGUUUUGAGAACAAAACAUCUGUUAAGCAAGAGCAAAAAGUUGAAACCUCAAAGAAAGUGAUCAAAACAUCUUCAUGGUCUAUGACUAAGAGCUUUUCAUCAACAUUCAGUAUGGAGGUGAAGGCUGGGAUUCCAAAAAUUGCUGAAGUUUCUACAGGAUUCAGUGUCACUUUUGGAAAUGAAAGCACCUAUAGUCUGGAGCAGUCAGAUGAGAGAAAUGAAACUCUGACCACCACUGUUAAAGUCUCACCAAAGAAGAAGGUGGAUGUUCACAUCACCAUUGGCAGAGCCAGUUUUGACCUGCCGUACACUGGCACAGUGAAGAUCACUUGCAAGAAUGGCAGUGAGUUACAGUACGAAACCAAGGGCCAGUACAAAGGAGUCGCUUACACUGAUAUCAAAGUGAAUACAGUAGAAAAAGCUCUGUAAUGUCAAGAUGGAUUGUUUUUGGCUGGCUUCUGAGUUCACCAGCAAUGAUUCAGCUCAUUUACCUAUGAUUAUGUUUUGUCUGUGCUCUCAUUUCUCUGACCCACUUUGAAUAAGUCUUUCCUUAAUCAUUUAAAAAAGAGAAAAUAUAUACUCAGCACUGUCUUUCAGAUAAACUUUUCUGUUUUAAAAAAGAUUAUAUAGCUUCAUAGAUUCUGUAAUUUUGUAGUCAGUACCAGAUUAUUUCAUUUACUUUAUGUAAGUAAACGUUCAAUAAAACAUUUACUAGCAUUAAUAAAAUAACUGCAUUUAAAAUGAA